UACAUAAUAACCAGAUUUCGAUUAAUUGAAGAAAGAAAUAUUCAGAUGCAUUAGCAAUCUAUGAAACUUUACGAUAUAAAAGCUAUUUUUGUGAAUUUAAAGUAAUUCUCUGUUCGGAGAUAUUCCACCAUUGGACUUGAGUUUAUCUAUCAUUCACCUACUAUUGGAAGAUGAAGAUCACGUGAUUACUAGUGACAGAUAGAAUUUUAUGAGAACGUUACUGAGGUCAGGGGUUACAUUGGUAAGAGAGGUACCGCUUUUAUAACUUCAUUUUAUUAUCGAUGGAUAACAUACACACAUAUUUUGUGUUUUCUGGGUUUUAUCUUCGAUAAGGAAUAUAUUUUUCUCAUGGAAGGAACUUUUUAUAAAUAUCAAAGGUGGAAUGAUACAUUAUGGAAUCAGGGAGUAACUUAUUAGCUCAUUCGAGUUUACCUUUUUAUCAAAACGGACUUUCUAGUACUACAGUAUCAAGUUUAUUAUCGUCCAGUCCGAGUACACAAGAUACAUUAAGCCGUACGGCUUUAUCAACCCAGAACGGGUGGCCAUCUAACUAUACAGGUGAAACAGGCAAUUCUUGUUCGAUGGCUUCCUACGGAAAUCUUCAGCUAGGAGCUUCAUUUCCAAUGAAUGGAAAAUCUCCAUAUAAUUCAUUUUCAUCGGCUAGUGCUGACUAUUUGAACUGUAGGCAAAUGAAUCCUCUGAAUCCAAUGAACCAUUUGAAUGCUAUGCCUGCCAUGAGAAACUAUUCAUUAUAUGGAGAUAUGUACCAGGCAGCUCAUCCACCCGGGUAUACAAAUGGUGGAUUUUAUCCGGAUAUGACACACGGGAUCCCUCCAUUGCCGGGUAGAGAUUUAGAUUGUCGGAGUUCGGUGUCAGAUUCCCCUAACCAAGAAUCAAAAGGAAGAAAGAAAAGAAAACCAUAUACCCGGUAUCAAAGUAUGGUAUUGGAAAAUGAAUUUUUGAACAGUUCUUAUAUAACCCGACAAAAACGGUGGGAAAUUUCAUGUAAACUACAGCUAUCUGAACGACAAGUUAAAGUAUGGUUUCAAAAUAGACGGAUGAAGAGAAAGAAACUCAAUGAACGUGCAAAAGCUAGAAUACGCGAUGACGAUAUAAAAGACGUUUUACCGCAAGGACCACAUAUUCAAGCGUAAUGAUGACUUGAUUGAAUCUCAUGAACGUUUUUAUUCAUAAACCACAUAAAUUUUGCAAUGUCUCAUCCAGCGAAAGAAGCGAAAGUUAUCAAGGAAAGUUCCUUGUAGAUGUGAUCAGGAGGCACUGUGUCUUGCAGCCUUUUUAAUAGAAAGACACAAUAGAACGACAACCGAUCGCAAACAGAACACGCACAAGAAAAGAACGCUAAUCUAAUGCGCCACAAUUAAGAGGACGCUGAUUUAUGACAAGUGCUAGACAUUAAUGUCAAUUAUAUGUUUGUAUGUAUGUUUUGAAAUAAGAAGUUGUGUAUUUUUUAUUUAAGAUAUUUGAUCGAAUGACAGGGAUUAUUUUUGUUUUGUUUCUUGCCAUAUAGAGUCCAAAUGUAUAUGUAUAUAUUAUAUGAUGGUAUUUAAUUUGUAUGAAUGUUUUGAGAUGUUGUUAUGAUUAUUUUUCACUGUCUAAUUUACUCUGAAACAAUUAUCACCAUUUAUUAUUUGCUCAAAUCCACAUUAUAAGAUCUCGUCACUUUUCUUUUAAAAUACAAUAAAACUUUAUAUCGGGAAUUUCGGAACAAUAAAAUAUAGUAUUGACUAUUUAGAUAAAAAAAAACCAACUAAAAUCUCUUCAGUUGAUUAAAAAUCAUAAAUUCAUAUUUUAAAUUUCUUAUGAUGUUGAACAUUUCUACUCUGAUUUUAAGUUAUGUAUUACAGAGCAAUAUGUUGUUAAGCACUAGCACAUAUUAGAAAAAAAAUAUUGGGAAAUAAAUUCGAAAUAUUCUAUACAGUAGAUCCUAAAAGGGUGUAGAGUAAUUCUUAAUUUCUAAAUCCAAAUCGUUCAAUAAAAUUUCAAAAACUAUCUUUUUUUUUAAAUAUAAUGACAAAAAUUAGUGGGGUUUUGAUAGAAAAAAACAGAUAAACCUUUUUGAAGCAAACAGCAAUUAAUUAAGCUGAAAAUUCUGAUAAAACGUGUAUUUCAUAGACUCAAAAUAUAAAUUAUUUAAUCUUUGUUCUUAAUUAGAAAUAUCGAGCCAAAAGAAGAAAAAGACUUUAUUCUCUUGAAACAAUUGGGUACUCCAGUAAUUCUGAAAAUGUUGCUGUACUACUUGGGAAUACUAAAUAUUAAGGCAGCAGCUUUUUUCUCAAGUCUGUUUUUUCUUCUUCAUAUCAUAAAAGUAGGACAAAAAAGUAUUUGUGUUUCAGGUAUUCUUGUAUAAAAAUAGGACACAGCUUUUCAUACGUCCCAAUAUUUGAAUGAUAUUUUGCUAUGUCUUUGUUGUUUUUUUCUUUCUCUCCCGUUAACACUUCCCCCUUUUCCCAUUUUCAUAUUUUCUUAUGAAAUUCGAAAAUAAUAUAGUUUAGCUUUUUAACUCAAUAUAUACCUUAAUUUAGUUGUGAACAUUGUCUCAUUUAUCCUACAUCAUUUUUUUUUAUUUGGAGUUUUGUGAAACUUUUCUGCAUUUUUUUUAAUGAAAACUUAUGGUCAAUAGGGAAAACCUGAAACACAUAAACUUUUUAUUUUUGCCUUUAUAGAACAUUGUCAUUUCUAGCAGUCCAUUAAUCACAUUUUUAACAUUAUUUACACAAAUCACAGGGAGAACUUUCUCUCGCAAUAUUUUCACUUUUAUCAUGGGAAGAAAAUUCUCCUGCAAGAUUUACAUGUUUACCAUAAGGGGAACAGAUCUUCCUCUGCAAUAUCAGAAUAUUAUAUAAAAUUAUGUUAAAAUGUCCCAGGUAUUGAACUUGUGUAUUCUUUGAAAGGAUGCUGAAACUUCCUUUACAGAGAUUUAUUUCAUGUUCGAUGGAAAUAAAAUAUUAGGUAAAAUA